AUGGAGGACGAAAGAUUGAAACACAAAAGACCAUUGGGCGAACUGCUGGAAGUAAAGGUGGAUGUUCACUCUGAAGCUCUGGACUUCAUCCACAGUGACACGAGGCCUGUGAUUUAUGACAGGGAUCCCAAAAAAGUCAACAGCAGCCUUAAGGUUAUGUUUGAGGAUGUGAUUGCAGAACCCCCCUCUGUGCGGAGCUUUGAUAAAGUGUGGCUAUGGAGUCACGCCCUGUUUGAGGUGUCCAGACUAUGGUGCUACCGAUUCAUCUCUCUCCUGCUGGCUGUGCCAGUCUCACUGGCAGCAGGGCUCCUCUUUGCUGUGCUCAGCUGCCUGCAUAUCUGGUUGAUCGUGCCAUGUGUGCAGCUCCUUCUCAUCAAUAUGCGCUGGGUUCAGACUGUGUGGGCCAGCAUACUGAACAUUUUUAUCAGUCCAUUCUUUACCAGUAAUGGAAAGUGCUGUGGUCAAAUCACCAUCCUUCUGGCAAAAGAUGAAAACUGAUGGAAACACACUGUGUGGAAACGAUUGGUUAAAACAGCAAUUAUGGCACAUGAACAGCGGCAACAGACUGCAAACUAAUUCUGCUGGGAGGGAAAUGAUCAUCUGUAUUUUAACCAUCUGUGAUUAUUCUAUGUUUUUAUUCACUUAUCGUGUAAUU